UCCCGGCUCUCUCCCGGCUCCUUCCCGGCUCCACGCAAACGGGGAUCCCCCCUGCAGGGUCACUUUCUGGGAUCAUUUGCUUCUCUGUGACCCUCUCCCUCCCGUCCUCACAGAAGAAGAAGUUGCGGGCAGAACGCGCAGGGUAAGGAAGGCGCUCUCCGUGGGGUGCGUUGCAUUGUUUCAAAGCUCCAGAAUGAACCCGGAGCGUAGGUCUGCCCUGAAGCCCACUGAGCUCCCGCCGGUGUCCCCCGAGCUCCACCAAAAUGUCACGGAGAUGCCAACCAAGCAUAAUGUCUUCUCGGACAUGAAGGACAAAUUUAUGAAUGAACUGAGCAAAUUGCCAAUUCCUCCGUGGGCUUUGGCCACCAUCCUCAUAGUAGCCGGCUUGCUCCUAGUAUGUUGUUGUUUUUGUAUCUGCAAGAAAUGCUGUGGGAAGAAGAAGAAGGGGAAGAAGGGCAAAGAUAAAGUGAAAGCCCAAAUUAACAUGAAGGAGGUGAAGGACCUGGGAAAGAGUUACAUCGACAAGGUUCAACCAGAUGUUGAAGAUCUGGAUCCUUCCCUGCAUGACGGGAAAGAGGACAAGCCCCAGGAAAAGCUGGGGAAAUUGCAGUACUCCCUGGAUUUUGAUUUCCAGACCGGACAGCUCAUAGUAGGAAUCAUACAGGCGGCUGAUCUACCAGCGUUGGACAUCGGUGGAACUUCGGACCCUUACGUCAAAGUGUACCUUCUUCCAGACAAAAAGAAAAAGUAUGAAACCAAAGUGCACCGCAAAACUCUCAACCCAACAUUCAACGAGUCUUUCACUUUUAAGAUUCCUUAUGCAGAGCUUGGAGGGAAGACAUUAGUAAUGUCUGUGUAUGACUUUGAUCGUUUCUCCAAACACGACGCUAUUGGGGAAGUCAGAAUCCACAUGAACACCGUGGAUUUGGCCCAUGUCAUCGAGGAAUGGCAAGAUCUGCAGUCGGCAGAGAAGGAAGAGCAAGAAAAGUUGGGAGACAUCUGUUUCUCUCUGAGAUAUGUGCCCACAGCCGGGAAGCUCACCGUCAUUGUCCUGGAAGCCAAGAAUCUGAAAAAGAUGGAUGUAGGAGGACUUUCUGAUCCAUACGUGAAGAUUCAUCUGAUGCAGAACGGAAAGCGACUGAAGAAGAAGAAGACAACCAUCAAGAAGAACACCCUAAAUCCAUAUUACAAUGAAUCUUUUAGUUUUGAGGUUCCCUUUGAACAGAUUCAGAAAGUCCAAGUGGUUCUCACAGUUCUCGAUUAUGACAAGCUGGGCAAGAACGAGGCGAUAGGAAAGGUCUUUGUGGGCUGCAACGCUACGGGGACUGAGCUCCGUCAUUGGUCUGAUAUGUUAGCCAAUCCCAGGAGGCCUAUUGCCCAGUGGCACACCUUACAACCAGAAGAGGAAGUGGAUGCUGCCCUUGGACUGAAGACCUCAUGAUGUCACUUCCUGUGUGUGAGUGGGGCGUGAAUGUAGGCACAUGGUUGAUACUCGCUCAAACAAGUAUCAGUACGUCUGCCUCUGUGUGUGUAAAUACUUGUUCAAAGCUGUAGCUGUGACAUAGCUUUGAGAAAACCUCCUGUUUUGUGGUUAUUUGUAAAUUAUUAAAAUAUUUAUAUAAGGUUUGGCCAAGAGGCAGUAUCCUUUUUCGAAGUAAGUCAACUGGUUUAGUAUAAAAACUAAAGAUACUUGAAACUAAAAACAAUCUUUUCCUAAUAUGUUAUAUAUCUUUAACGAUUGACUCAUUUUUAUGCAUUUUAGAGAAAUCAUUUACAUUUUUAAUCAUUUUUUUUUAGGUUUCGUUAUUGACUCUGAUCAGGUUGGCAUUAAGGGUACUGACUUUGCUGAAAUGUUUUGUAGAUAAAUCUGAAUCAUCAGUUGUCCCUAACGAUAUCAAUUAUUAGAAUUAUUACAAAAAAGAA